CUGGGCGCGCACGGAGCUGCUGUCGGCGGCGGGGGGGGGCUCCAGGAAGGGAUGCGCGCCAGCCCGGACGGCAUUGCCCAACGCUCGCUCACCGCCCGCGCGGCUCCUUACAGCGCCCUUUAAGGCGGAGCGGGUGGAACCAGCCGGGAGCAGAAAGCACGGCAGCCCGCUCGGCUCCUUCCGUCGGCUGCCCGUCCGGCUUCCUUUGGCGCAGGAGCCCGAGGUCCUGCCUGCCUGCUCGGCCGCCGCCGCCUUCCAGCUCCAUGAGCCGCCAGCUGGAACCCCGCAGCCCCGCCGCGCUUCUGCACUCGCCGGCGGCCGCUCCCCGCUGCCGGAGCGCCCCUGCCAAGCGCUUGCUUUUGCACGACGCCGCCGCCGCCAGCGAGGAAGCUCCGGCCGCCGCCAAGUGCGCCCGCCUGGCCGUCGAUUACACCGCCGCCGCCGCCGUCCCUCAGGAUUGCCUCAGCGCGCCGGGGUCGCCUUGCGCACCGGUUCCGCCCGGCGAAGCUUCGCUUGCCAGCGCCCAGGGCCCCAGCUUGGUGGCCGGCUACCUUUUGCUGCCCUUGCUCGACCGGGAGCACGUUUCGAGGGCGCUCGACAUCAACACCGGCCGGGAGCUGCGUUGCAAGGUCUUCCCUCUCAAACACUACCAGGACAAAAUCAGGCCUUACAUCCAGUUACCAUCACAUCGAAACAUCACUGGGAUUGUGGAGGUCAUCCUCGGAGAAACGAAGGCAUAUGUCUUUUUCGACAAGGACUUUGGUGACAUGCAUUCCUACGUUAGGAGCUGCAAGCGUCUGCCGGAGCAGGAAGCCGCUAGACUCUUCAAACAGAUUGUGUCUGCAGUCGCUCACUGCCACCAGUCUGCCAUUGUGCUGGGGGACCUCAAACUCAGGAAAUUUGUGUUCUCUAAUGAAGAAAGGAUGCAGCUGAGACUCGAAAGCCUGGAAGAUACCCACAUCAUGAAAGGAGAGGAUGACGCAUUGUCGGACAAACACGGCUGCCCGGCGUACGUCAGUCCAGAAAUCUUAAACACAACGGGAACCUAUUCCGGGAAGUCGGCUGACGUUUGGAGCUUGGGAGUUAUGCUGUACACUCUCCUAGUGGGACGGUAUCCCUUUCAUGACUCAGAUCCUACCGCCCUCUUUUCCAAAAUCCGGCGUGGACAGUUCUGCAUACCGGAUCACGUUUCUCCCAAAGCACGGUGUCUCAUCCGCAGCCUCCUUAGGCGAGAACCCUCUGAAAGACUCACCGCGCCGGAAAUUUUGCUCCAUCCUUGGUUCAACGCCGUUUUGGAAUCUGGGUACGCUGACCAGGAUGUACGAAUCUCUGAUCAAGUGGUCCCGGAGCAACUGAAGGAGGACGAUGAUAUGAGCCUCUUCUUUUGCUAGCUCCACCUACUCAACUUUGCCUCGGGGACAAGAGAUGUCGCUCUUGCGUGUCAGCGUUUUUGUGUCCGUUUUUGUGUCGGGGUCCAUCUUGUAGAUGCAUCGCUUUCCAAAAGCCUUCUUCCACUCAGGACCAUUGAGAUCUCAAAUGCACUUAACCCACAAGGUGGAAGGCCUCUUUAUCUUCUCCCACGUCCUCGAAAGUUUGAAAUCUUGGCUUGCUAAAUCUACGGAUUCUUCCUUGGUGUCGGGGAGCGGGGGUCUGCCAUCCAUCCGGCGCAAGCAUGCUGAACGUUUGAACUAGAAUCUGGAGAAAACAGCAAGCUAAUGUUGGAUUUCAUUGGAAAAAUCAGAUUGCUUUAGCUGGAAUUUGCAAUACAGCUAGUCCUCGACUUACAGCCAUCCAUUUAGUGACCGUUUAUAAAGUUACAACAGCACUGGGGGGGAAAAGCGACUUAUGACCAGUUGUCCCACUUACAACCAUGGCACCAUUUCCCCACGAUCACGGGAUCAAAAUUUGGGCACUUGACAACCGGCAUAUGAUGGUUGCAGCAUUAUGUGGGUCACCAUUUGUGAACUUCCCAGCCAAACAAAGUAAAUUGAGCGGGGGGGGAGCUGGAUUGGCUUAACAACCGCCUAAUUCACUUAACAACCUCAGUGAUUCAUUUAACGAGCAGGUUGUAAAAUGGGGUGUAAGUCACUUAAACAACCACCUUGCUUAGUUCGCAGUGGAAAUUUUGGUUUUUGGUUGUGGUCGUAAAUUGAGGACUUCCUGUAUAAAUGUUGCAGCCUCUUGUUGCUUUCCUUCUUUUCUUCCGCUUAAUAGAAAAGAGCUUUUGAGAGCUCCCUGUGCCUAUUCAUAUCCACAUGGCCUGUCUUCGCUGCCCAGUUUACUAUUACAGCAAUGGUAGAAGUGCCAGAGGAUUCUCCUGCCUCCCAUCCAUCAUGCAGAUGACAGGAUCACCAGCUGGCCUUUGAUUACAGAAUCUUUUUGCUGGUGAUGUAAGAGCGAAAUGCAGUUGUGGUUCUUACGAAGCCGGGCAGGACUAGGGGAUGAUCCCAGUGCUAGAACGAUGGAUUGGCAUUUAAAAAAAAAAAAAGGAAGUGUGGAAUAGGAGUCUGACAACGAUUUCUAACAAUUCUUUUCCCUCGCGUGGCUCUCGUAUCCUUCAGGGUAGAGUCCAGCGGUUGUUUUUUGUUGGUUUCUUAGACAAGAGAAAGUCCAACUUGAACGUUUUCGACCUUCAAGGCGACAGGCUGGGUAUCCAGGUCUUGCAAAACCUGUUGAUCUUAGAGGCUCUAUAGCCUUUUGAACAGCUGGAUUUUACAGUUUGAAACCCAACUUGGUUAAUCCAGAUUUAAGGCUGCCGCUUAGCCUUUCAGCAGAGCUUUUGUUGAAGGGACAAAUCCGGCAGCUAAUCUUUUGUUAUUUUGACCCGCAGGAGCCUUGAUAAUCUAGAAUGAAGUGGCCUUGAGUCUGAAUAAGAUUUGGGGACACUUUGGUGGUGUUUUAGGCCUGCUUUGCCACACUCGGAGAGUUUCCACAGAUAACAAAAGCGUGCGUUGUGCUGCCAAUCCCAAAGGUGCCAAACUGUAUUUAGCUUCCAGUGUUUUGCUACUGAAAGGGUCAGAACCAUUAAAACGAAUAUCUCUGGCUUUAGGAAAAAGACCCCAGCCUCUCUCCAUACAUAACAACCUCAGUGGACCUCUUAAAAUGGCGUCCAUGCCAUCUGAGUGAAGGGGCCCUCAGUGCUGUUCUACAUUCUUGAAUAUCCAUAGGAUUUUAACCCUUAAAGCAGACAGGGGUCUCCAACCCUGGCAACUUUUAAGCCUGGCAGACUUCAACUCCCAGAAUUCCCCAACCAGCAAAGCAGCGCUGGCUGGGGGAUUCUGGGAGUUGAAGUCCACCCAUCUUCAAGCUACCAAGCUUGAGAAACAUUGACUUAACACAACCGUGUGACUAACUUAACACGCUGCGGCGAUUCACUUCACAACCGUGGCAAGAAAAGUUGUAAAAUGGGGGGGGGGACUCAGUGUCUCGCUUAGCAGCAGAAAAAUUUGGGGCUCGGCUGUGGUAAUCAGGCAAGGGACUGCCUGUAUUUGAUAGAAAAGGUGAAACCAAUUUUCUACUUCUUCCAUGACUCAGCAGCCAAACAGUUGUGGAUGUGCAUGUGACUUGACAAUAAUGCACUGUUUAUGUUGGUGUUUUUAAGUACAAGUGUUAGCCAAGGGAGGAUCUGUGUAUGCUUACCUAGGUGCCGUUCUCACCCUCUGACAUCACCAGCAAAAAGGGCUUCCAGGAAACAGAGGAAAAAGAUUUCUAUCCAACUCUGGUUUUGGUCCCUGCCCAUCCCAAGUAUGCCAAUCCAAGACCAGGGGCAACUUUAAGUCGGCAACUUUAAGACUUGUGGACUUCAACUCCCAGAAUUAGUCUAGUGAAGAGAAGGAUCAGGGGAGACAUGUUAGCACUGUUCCAAUAUUUGAGGGGCUGCCACAGAGAGGAAGGGGGGGGGGUCAAGCUAUUUCCCAAAGCACCUGAAAGGCCAGAUAAAGAAUAAUGGAUGGAAACUGACCAAGGAGAGAUUCAACCUAGAAAUAAGGAGAAACUUUCUGACAGUGAGAACAAUCAACCGAUGGAACAGAAGUUGCCUUCGGAAGUUGUGGGAGCUUCAUCACUGGAGGCUUUCAAGAAGAGAUUGGACUGCCAUUUGUCAGAAAUGGUGUAGGGUCUCCUGCUUGGGCGGGGGGUUGGACUAGAUGGCCUACAAGGUCCCUUCCAACUCUGUUAAUCUAUUUUGUCUAUCUGUCUGAAUUCCUCAGUCAUCCAGCCGUUUUUGCUGGCUAUAUCAGAGGGUGAAAACGGCACCUUGGUAAACAUGGCCGGCUGAGGAAUUCUGGGUCACGAAGUCCACACGUCUUAAAAGUUGCCGAGUUUGGAGACCCCUCUCUGCCCAAGACCACACCCCAUCCGUGCACCUCCUGAGAAUCCAGUCAUUCCAGAUACACUUUUCAAAGCUCAGGUCAUGGCUUUUGGAUGCCAAAUGUUAGCGGAAGCCGUCAAUUUUAAGCAUGCUUUCCCAAGCAGUCAUCUGAAAGGGCCUGGUUUGGUUCCCUUGUAUCUGUUGGGUGUCGCUCUGUAAGCAGCCUCAACAUCCGAAUACAAAACACAUCAGCCAAGGGUGGGGUGGCCUAACCUGAGAGUCAAAGAUAAGCUGUAUCUCGUUGUGUAGACUGAAAGGCAGUUGUGUUUUGGCUUUUUGUGCAAGUUGCGUGAUGCAAUACCCUGGCUCCCUCGAGUUCUCUUCUUGCCCAGUAGCUGAACCAGGAAGCAAUACCAGCAUGUUUUCCUUUUGACUUGCCAACUCUAAUCUAUAAAACUCUCCUUCCUUCCAUCCUUCUGUCUUCUGCAUUUUCGUUGCUUUCUGGCUGUAAGAGGUGGUCCUAUUUUAAUUUGUGAUCCAUAAUUGAUGCAUUUUGCAUAAGCAUUAACUUUCUGAGUCAGAUAAUGAAGUCCUUGACAUCGGGGUCCAUUCCAGUUAAGUGUAAAAACAGGCGCUCGUUUUUCUCUGAGUUGUAGCUCCUCCAGACAGGAAAAUUGAAAGAAGCUUGUGAUAAUUGGAAGAUAAGUUGGUUUCUUUUUGCUAAUCACAGUCCAAAAAAAAAAAAAAAGCUGAAUCUGCUGUGGGCAGGCUUGUGAGUAUGUCUGGGCAGAAUCCACAAAGAAAGUGUUUUUGAUGGGAAAGCACUUAGCUUAUUUUUCUAAAACUGUCUUGGGGGGGGUAGGCUAGGAGUAAGAAUCAGUAGUAAAACUACAACUCCCAGUAUGACUGUUGGGGAGGGAUGCUGGGAAUUGUAGUUUAGCUCGACGUGAAAGGCCUUAGAUGCUGGAUAAGAACACACUGCAGACUUACAUAGCUUUAUCUUUCAAGGUACAAUGGGAAAUGUAGUUCUGUGAAGCCAUUGCUGAUAAUAAGCCACGUACAAUGACCGCAAUAGCCAUAGUUUCUUAUAGACAGAGCUGAAAAAGUGAGGUUUUAAAAUCUCAUGCGAUAACUAUUUCAAGGCUUUUGCAAAAAAUAAUAAAUAAAUAAAAGGGCUCCCAAGAUUCAGUGUGCUUUCUCUCCUGUGUACGUCUCAUGCAGUGUUUUGUCACCGAGUUCUAUUUUUCUAAUUUAAUAACUGGUGCGUGUGCCCUAAAUAAAUCCGAGUUAGCAAAGAGCAGAUUAAAUGUGAAUGAUGGCUGGCAAUACUAACUUGAUAAAUCAAGAUAAUUAGAGGUGAAAAGUUGUUGACCUUAAUUGCACUAAGACUCUUGUGAUUUGCUUUAAUAUAUUUGUAUCUGUGAUACAGGUUUUUUUUUUUUUUUUAAAUAUCCUUGGACCUGCCUAGAACUCUGUAUAUUUUGGUAGGUGGAAAGUUAAUAACACUGUUGAAACUCUGUAAAUAUGUACAUAUUUUGAGGAUUAUCAUGACGAAAGUUGUAAAAUUCCUGUACAAAAAAACUUUAAUAAAUCUGGUUUCAUAACAAA